CUGCUCCCACCAUUCUUACAUUCAUACGACCUCAAAACCCAGGGAGAAGAUGGCACCUAUUAUCAUACACUGUAUCACCAUGCAAGCGUGUCCAAAGCAGCUCACACUAUCUGGUGGCCGCCUGUAGACGGCGAGGCUUCGACGCCAAGCACCGUCUUACUUUUCAUUCCAGGGAAUCCGGGAUUACUGGGAUUCUAUGUACCAUUUCUUUCCGCCAUCUGGAAGGGCUCUGCCCCCGGACUUGCGAUUUUGGCCCAUUCCUACAUAGGGCAUACUCCUGGUAUCGAGCCAGUCACAGGCCGGAAGAGGAGCGCGUCUACUGUUGGCCUGCAUGUCCAGAUUCAAACUAUCAUUGAAGUUUUGGAUGAUAUCGUCGUCACUUUUGGUACUGGUACCAAAGUGGUCUUGGUAGGACAUAGCGUGGGGUCUUGGCUGACCCUUCAAGUUCUCAAGGCAAGGCCAAACGUUGUGUCUGGGACUUUUUUGCUCUUCCCAACUAUAACGAAUAUUGCGGACACUCCAAAUGGGCGCCUUCUUAGUUGGCUCUUCCACCCUCCUCUUCCUAGGCUUGUGUCAUACGCUUCUUUCCUGGUGCGACACCUUCCCCAUCGCAUUCUCUUGCUGCUUUUCUCCUCCUGGCCUCGAGAGCAGAUCAUCGUUCUACAAUCUUUACUUCAGUCUCCCUCCACUAUCUGGGCCUCGCUUUCUAUGGCUCACGAAGAGAUGGGAGCCAUCCGCGAGAUGGACAUUGCCUUACUGGAAGAGCAUCACGAACAUAUUUGGUUCUACUUUGCAGAAAAUGAUGCCUGGGUUGGCAAGCAUAGGGAAAUCAUACUUGAGACUAUGCAUGAUAUGCCUGCGGGCGUCAAGGUCAUCCAUGGCGGUACAGACAUUCCGCACGCUUUCUGUAUC